UGAAACUGAAACGGUAACUUCCUCGUCGGGCACACCGAGGAAGGAAGUAAAUAUAUAUAUACAAAAAUACGGACCCUAAACCCCUUUUUAUGUCUAAUUAUUUUCAAACCCUCCCGCGAAGCUAAAUUUCCCUUUUUCUCUCUCUUUUUGAUUCGAAUAAGAGAAAUUGGGGGUUUACAGUAAUUGGGGUUUUGGUAUAUUUAGUUCUGUAAACUCAUCCCUCGACUCGAUUCUUCUUUUGAUUUGCAUUGAUUAUCAUUAGAUUUGACUUUGAUUUUCAAUUCAAUUCUAAUUGAUGGAGGAUACGAAUCAGCAGAACGUCGAUCGAUUCACGUCUGUUUCAUCUUCAGGUGAAAGAGCCGUUGAACCACAUAAUGCUGCAGAACAGUACUUCCAUUUUAAUCCAUUAUCAGCCUAUUUCGCCCAAAGAUGAAAGGAUUGUUUCUGCAAAUGCUUCUGCGAAUGCAACCAUCCCUGGGGCUGCAAGAAAUGCUAAAGAUCACCCUGUUACCUCUGAAACUGGAGCUCUGUCCACCUUUUAUCCUCUCAAUUCCUAUUCUCCUCAGGACCAAGGUUUUUACUAUGGAGGUUACGACAAUGGCACUGGGAGUUGGGCCGAACAAUCUAAUGAUGUCAAUCUGAACAACUUGCAUGUAGUUCCGCCAGCAAUGUACAAUGAGAAUCCCCUCUUUUUCCCUCCGGGUUACGGCUUUGAUGCUCAGAUGGCAUUUGGGCAGUUCUCCCCCAUCGCCAGUCCUCUUUCUCCUUUUAUGAUAGAUGGCCAGCUAUACUCCCCACACCAGAUUCCGGUUUCUCCAAAUUACUAUGCACCACCUAUUUCCCCUGGCUUGCCGCAUGUUACAUCAGCUCUUCCAGCUUCGCAGCCUGAUCUGGUGGCACCAGGAAGCACUGGCCAUGAAAUUGAUAGCACGUAUUUUGGGCCAGGAUCAGGUUACUACAUACCCGUUGGAUCGUUUGGCGGAGGCGAGCUUUCGGGAAGCAGCAACAUUGGUUUCUACAAUUACCAAGGUGAAUUUGGUUCUGGUCAAUCUUUAUCUAAUCGGCCUAACCCCGUGGACUCUGGAAGAUACAUGUCUCAAAUGACAUCUGCGGCACUAUAUCCACAACCAGUUGGCAUACUUGGGCCGUACGAGCAAUACGCCAUGCAGGCGUCACAUCAAGGUCUUGGAUUCACACAAGGCUCCUCAGCCAGGCAUUAUUCCCAAGGCAAUCCUUAUCCUAGUGCAAACUAUGGUACUGGGUCUAGUUCUCAGUGGGAACCAGGUCACAGAAAUUGGCUAACUCCUGACAGAGGUGGAAGACGUGAGAGGGAUCGGCACUCUGUUAACAUUUCUACUGAAUCACUUGGUAUGGCAAGUGAACGAAACCGAGGACCAAGGGCAUUAAAACCAAAGAGCAAGGGUCCCAUUGAGGAUAGCUCUUCAUCUGUGAUCCAUAAAGAAGUUGAGUCAACUAAUACUUUGCAGCCUGAGCAGUAUAAUCGGCCUGAAUUUGUCACUGAUUAUGAGCAUGCCAAGUUCUUUGUCAUCAAAUCCUUCAGUGAAGAUAAUGUUCACAAAAGCAUCAAAUAUAGUGUGUGGGCUAGCACUCCUCUGGGAAAUAGAAAGCUUGAUGCUGCUUAUCGUGAAGCAAAAGAGAGGAAUGCUGAUUGUCCUGUUUUUCUCUUUUUCUCGGUGAAUGCUAGUGGACAAUUUUGUGGGGUUGCUGAGAUGGUUGGACCUGUUGAUUUUGAGAACAAUGCGGAGCACUGGCAGCAGGAUCGAUGGAGUGGGCAAUUUCCUGUUAAAUGGCAUGUCAUUAAGGAUGUGCCUAACAGUCAGUUCCGCCACCUACUUCUGGAACAUAAUGACAACAAGCCAGUUACUCACAGCCGAGAUUCUCAAGAGGUGAAAUUGCCAGAGGGACUAGAAAUGUUGAAAAUUUUCAAAAACUAUGAAGCGGAUACCUCUAUAUUGGAUGAUUUCACCUAUUACGAUGAGAAGGAGAAGUCCUUGCUGGAAAAGAAGAGUAAACAGCGAACACUUCAACCUGGUAGUGCUGCAGUUACUACUGCAGCUGACACAAUAAGUCAACUAGCCGAUAGUCUUGCCGGCACAUUAAACUUGGAAAGCAACAAGAAUUUGCCUUAAAAAGAGUUUGUAAUGCUUAAGCCUGUAGCAGAUUUCAGAGGCAAUAUCAACUGCUGUCAUUCAAUGUUAGUUGGUUGGGCAACCAGCUGGCUCGUAUAGUUAAGGAGAUUGCUAACAGCAUUUUGGGAGGUGGCCUUUUCAUCACCUUUGGAUCAGAAAACUCUCUUUAUCUCUUUCCUUUAUUUGUCAUUUGUUCAAUGAGUUGGUUGUGAUUUGCAAUUCUUGGGCAAGGAGAGGCAGCCAGUAAUGUUAGUGCUAACUGUUUUCCCGCUAUUUCUUCGUUGUUUCUAUAAGUAGGUGAUGGCAGGCAAUACAGAAGCCAUCCGACAUCUGGAAAUUUGUGGAUCUUUCCGGGCUGAUGUUUUAUGUACUCUAGUUUUUCAUAGUUUCAGGCAGUACCAAUAGCUGCUUUUGUAUUCCUAUAAAACUGCCAAAAUGGGUGAUAAUUGGGAGGAGGCCUUAAGAGAAAUCGAAUGACUUGAUAUCGAGCCUGUAUUUCUUCAUCAACCAAAAUAACGUCUGGCCUUGGCAGUCAGAUUAUUUCUUUUAUGGAAUCAUAGGUAUUGAUGUUUUC